AUGGCUUCCAUCCGCGUGCUGUCGUUCGAUGCUGAGGGCCGCCCUGUGCGGUUCACCGCUUGGCUAGAUGACCUGCAGCUGUUCCUCCUGAGCGAUAGCAAGGAGCAUGUGUCGCUCUAUGAUUACGCGUCUGGUGCUGCGCCUGCCCCUCCUGCCACAGCUGAGCUUAGUGUUCGUUCCCACUGGCAGACUCGUGACGCAGCUGCUCGCCUAGCCAUUCGCAGUCACCUGCCGUUAGCUGAGCUAGAGCAUUUUGGCGACUGCAAAUCCGCUAAGGCCCUGUACGACGCUGUCGUCGCUCGCUACUCCUCGCCUGCCACAGCCGAGCUUAGCCGCCUCAUGCUGCCGUACCUGUUCCCCGAUCUGUCCACCUUUACUACAGUCGCCGAUCUUAUCACCCACCUUCGCACUAGUGAUGCUCGCCUGCGUGCCGCCCUUCCCACCGAGUUCUGCGCUAAGAACCCCCCUCCACUGUACUGGACACUCCACUUCAUAGUCACCCGUCUCCCUGACACCCUCCGCUCAGUUCGAGACCACUUCCUUGCUCGCUGUCCCACUGAGCUCACAGUCGCCCUCCUAGAGGAGCACCUGCUCGCGGCCGAAAAGAGCAUUGUAGCUGUCGGUGCUGCUCGUGGCGCUCCUCGCACCCCCAUCUUUGAGGGGUGUUCUCCCUCUCCCCUCGCUCCCUCCUACGCUGCUGCUGCUGCUGUUGACUUCCUUGGUGCUGAGUCUGUUGGCGCUGCUUCUACUCCUGGUGGGAGGCGCCGCACCGGCAAGGGCAAGGGGGGCAAAAGUGGUGGUGGUGGCACUGGGGGGGGAGGAGGUGGGGGAGGUGGGGGGGGAGGCGGUGCUGGAGGGAGCGGUGGCGGGAGCGCUGGUGGGAGUGGGGUCGGUGGUGGAGACGGGGGCGGCGGAGGAAGCAGUGGCAGUAGUGGCGGCGGCGGCGGUGGCGGCGGUGGCGGUGGUGGCGGUGGUGGCGGUGCCGUGAUUCUGACACCCCCCCCCUGGGUGCCGCUCCUACUCGUCGCGACGCCCCUGCGGGACCCGCGCGGCGUCGCCCUGCUCGUCGCGACACCUCUGCGGGACCCGCGCGGCGUCGCCCCUACACGACGCGACGCCCCCUGGGCGCCGUCACUGGUCGUCGCGGCGCCUUCCGGGGGCCCGCCUGCUGCUCUCCCCCCGUCGCCCGUCGCUCGCGACACCGCCCCUGCAGCAGCUCGCGACGCCGCCCCUGCAACAGCGCGCGAGCCGCCCCUGCGCCAGCGCCAUCGCUCCUGGAGCGGCCACCCCUGGUGCAGCCGCCCCUGGACUCGCCACCCCGCCCCUGGAGCCGCCGCCCCUGGUGCAGCCGCCCCUGGACCCGCGACCCCGCCCCUGGAGCAGCCGCCCCUGGUGCCGCCGCCCCUGGACCUGCGCCGUCGCCCAGGGAGCAGCCGCCCCUGGACCUGCGCCGCCGCCCCUGGAGCAGCCGCCCCUGGUGCAGCCGCCCCUGUACCCGCGACGCCGCCCGUGGAGCAGCCGCCCCUGGUGCAGCCGCCCCUGGACCUGCGCCGCCGCCCCUGGAGCAGCCGCCCCUGGUGCAGCCGCCCCUGUACCCGCGACGCCGCCCGUGGAGCAGCCGCCCCUGGUGCAGCCGCCCCUAGUGUCAAACUAUAUGUGCUGCAUAUUGUCUAG